AUGAAACCAUCGGUUUUUCCAGAGGUCCAUCACUGGUACGAGGCCAUCCUCGGAAGCCUGGUGGAAGACUCGAAUAAUAAUAAUAUUAAUAAUAAUCCUUCAAAUUCAAAAUCCAAAACGUACUACUCAUCAAAACUAAUUCAUGUUUACUCUACAGUCUUCCAUGGCUUCUCCGCUAGACUGACCCCGUGGGAAGCCCAACAGCUGGAGGAGCAGCCGGGGGUGGUUGCCGUUUUCCCCGACGUCUUCUCAAAUACUAAGUACACCGUGCCUAACCGUUUGUUGACCGACUCUGAUUUCGGGUCGUCCGUCACAAUCGGAUUCCUCGACAAUGGUAUACAGUCCACCCACCGUAGCUUCAACGACUCGGGCCUCAAACCCCUCCCGGCCGGCAGUUGGAAAGGGGCGUGCACGGCGAAAGGGGUUGAGUGCAACAACAAAGUCAUUGGCGCUUGGUCCAUUAAUAAUGCCAAUGUAACGGACGGCGGGCACGGCACCCACACGGCGUCCACGGCCGCCGGAAGUGCCGUCGAGAACGUGUUGUAUGGGAAUAACACGAGCGCCACGGCCGUUGGAGUCGCGCCCAAGGCACGAAUCGCGUCGUACAAAGUAUGCGACGGCGACAAGUGCGUGGAGUCGGACGUUGUCGCCGGUCUCGAGAAAGCGGUGGAGGACGGGGUCGACAUAAUCUCCAUGUCCCUCGGGCCCACAUUACACGGCCCUUCUCCGUACGAAAACGACCCGCUCGCAGUUGCGGCGUUCGGUGCCAUGGCGAGGGGCAUUUCGGUCAUUGCGUCCGCCGGGGACGGCUGGUAUGCUGGCAACGGAAUCACCAAUGUUGCCCCGUGGAUGACGACCGUGACCGCAGGCACGAUCGACCGAAGCUUCCCGGCCGAUCUUGUGUUCGUAAAAGGGGAGCUUGCACCACUGCACGGGGCUUCGCUUUACGGCGGGGCCCCCUUGGAUCCCAAUCCUUGCAAAAUUACCUACGCAGGCCUUUGCAAUAACAUGACGAAGGCCAACUUUACCGGAAUGAUUGUGAUGUGUGAUUCGGAGUUUGACGACAUUGGCAACGGCAGAUUGUCGUCAAACGCCACAAGUAUAGAGGAGUUUGUGAAACGUUCUGGAGGUGUUGGCGUGGUGGUAGCCAAAUAUUACCCGCUCGGCCGAAGCCUCAUGACCGUAAAUUUUACCAUGCCUGGCCUCGUCAUAAGCGAGUUGGACAGAGAAAAACUAUUUCCAUAUCUUCAGAAGAAUAACUUCCCGUUAGCCACGAUGAUAUUCCGCGAUGUGGAAUUCUGGAACGACUCGCUAGCUCCAGAGGUAGCUGAUUUAUCCUCCAGAGGACCUAAUAGCGUUUCAUCGUACGUUGUCAAGCCCGACGUGAUGGCGCCAGGUGUCGACAUCAUCGCGGCAUGGCCAGAGGACGAAGUCGAGUUCAAAAUGCUGUCGGGCACAUCCAUGGCCUGCGCGCAUGUCUCUGGGGUGGCUGCUCUCUUGAAGGGAGCCCACCCCGAGUGGUCCCCGGCCAUGAUCCGCUCCGCCAUGAUGACCACUGCUUACACACAGGCCAACGAUGGGAAGGCGAUAGUCAAUCCAAUGAGGGACGCUAGCAUCUUUGAUAUGGGCGCGGGUCACAUUGACCCGGAGAAAGCCCAUGAUCCAGGAUUAGUCUACGAUAUCGCCGCGGACGAUUAUGUGGAUUUUCUGUGCGCCUCGAAUUAUACCAAUGAUGACAUCCUCCUCAUAACCAAUCGCCAAUACGAGACGGACGAUUGCAGUGAAAUUAAGCCAUGGGAUCUGAAUUAUCCAGCCAUCUCUAUUGAUUCGCCGUCAUUUGAGGCUAUGAAUAGGAAUAUCACGGUUGAAAGGACGGUGACAAAUGUUGGUGAAGUUAAUACUAGUUACAGCGUGACGGUGAGCAAUCCACAAGGAGUAACUCUGACGGUGAACCCGAUGACAAUGAAUUUUUCAAGCAUGCCCUACGGAAAUCAAUCAAAUUACAGAGUGACUAUAACCGCAACAGAGUCGCUACCUGAUUCUGCGGAAGGGAAGAUAGUUUGGUCGGACGGGAAGCGGCAGGUGGCGUCCCCUGUUGUGAUCAUAUAUAAGAGAAAUGUUAAAUAA